CUUCCUCUUCCUCCUCCUGCUGUGGUUCUGGAGCUCCUGCGCAGUCGUCAUCAUCAUCAUACACCGCUCCAGUCUGCAGAGGUCACAGGCUCAGGGUCAGCCUCUUCCUCUGGUCCAGGAUCAGUUCAUCUGAUGAGGAGACAGAGAGAUGCCCUGCAGGCCCUGAUCGCUGCGCACACACAGGCUCCAGUGUCCAGCUCUGCAGAUCAGCUCAACACUUUACUGAGCCUCAUCACGGAGAGCGAUGAGCAGCGGGACACACACACCCUGUCAGACGGAGCACCGGCUGCGCACACACACACUGCACCGGACGGUGUGUGUGCUCCUGCCCCAGCGCAUCGUGGGAGAGUGCGUCCUCCGGUGUCCCGUCCGCCGGUGCGUCUGGCCUUCCUCCAGCAGAUGGAGCAGCACGAGCUCAGCGCCAUACAGGAGGUGGACAGCCCAGCCAACCUGAGCCUGGACACCGGUGUGCAGGAGAGUGUGUCCAGCAGUGUGUCUCUGCCCGUCUGUCUGGUGUCUGAGGAGGAGUUCAGUCAGAGUGAGGGCUCGCAGCUCACCGGGCGCGUCAGCCGCAUGUCCUGGAGACACACACUGAUGCAGGAGUCCCGCAGCGCAAGUCAAUCCAGUGUAAAGCAGCAGCAGCAGCUCCUGGAUCCAGGCUGUCUGUCCUCCACCACCAUCUCCACCGGCAGCUUCUCCACCAGUGAGCACGAGUCCUGCAGCUUCAGCACUGCAGGCAAUGUGAGCAGAGAUGCUGUGCAGCAGAUCAUAGAGAAGUACAGCGAGGAGCUGAGCGCAUCACUCACACACACAGGUGCAGUGAGCAGCAGCUGGUCCAGUGUGCUUCAGGAGGAGUCUCUGCAUGAUGGAGACACACACACCUCAGGUGUGUUCCAGCCGCUGCAGCCUCAUCCAGACAUCGACUCCUCAUCUUCAUCAUCUAGAAGUGCAGUGAGAGAUGAGCAGAGCAGCAGAGCACAGGGCUGGAGUCAGAUGGUCAGCAGUGUUCUGGAGCGUCUCUCUGAGCAGCUGAGCGUCACACACACACACUCUGAACACACACUCUGCGCUGCUGCUGCAUCAGGUGUGGCGCUGCAGACUCCACUGUCAUCAUCAGACGCAGGUGUGUGUUCAUCUCAGGUGUGUGUUCAGAGCGCCGCUGGGACGGAGGAAGAGGAGAAACACACAGAUGACCCGUCGGCUGUGUUUUUGCCUCUGGCCACUGAAAUCACACUGAACCAGAGCGCGGAUCUGUCGACGGCGCCGCUGGACGCAGAGCUGGGCGUCUCUGAUUGGCUGCAGUCAGCUGAUCAAUCCCAUCAUGCCCUGCAGCAGAUGCGCUCCGAGCCACACGCCGAGCCUGAGCUGCGGACGUCAGCGGACCCGCUCUCCAUUACCCAUGAGUCUCUCUGUGAGGUGACGGACACCAACAUGAGCACACUACAGGAAGAAGAUCCUCCCGCACAGGAAGUGAAGGAGAGCACACUGACGGAGCUGCUGGAGAGAGCACAGGCAGCAGGAGAGCUGAAGGGUAUCCUGGAGGAGUCUGUGCUGUCCUUCAUCAGUCUGCCGGAGUCUGAGAGCUCUGCUGUAGCUCAGGAGGAAGAGCUGAGCCAUGCAGAGGAGCAGCACAGCAGCCAAUCAGAGCCGGCGUUCCCUCAUGCAGUGAUGCUGCUGGAGGCUCAGUGUUCUCCUGUUCAGCGGCAGCGUCGGGACCGUCUGGCUCAGAGAUCAGCGCUCAGAGCUGCACAGAUCAAACACACACACCGCAGAAACACCACAUGUCAUAACCCGUCCACAACACACACCCAACCCGCAUCAGCCUCAGCGGACGGGCUGAAGAGUGUGUGUGAGGUCAGGAUCUGCACUGAGGAGCACCGGCGGCGGCAGGAGGCAGAGAUGCUGCAGCGCACACACAGGUUGUACAGUCAGCUGGAGGAGGUGAAGCAAAGGAAGCAGAUGCAGAUCCGCCAGCAGUCAUACACCAACAACAGAGAGAGAGCCAGAGACUUCCACAGGAAGACCCUGGAGAACCUGAGGGCCAGACCCAAGAGCUGAUCAGCUGACUGUGUGUGUGUGUGUGUUCACCGCUGCACUCAGGUUUUGUGUAUUAAUCUCUCUCUGUGUGUGUGUGUGUGCACGCACCAGUGACCCCUCCUCCAUCUGUGCUGACCCCUGUGACCUCACUCAGCAGCAGAUUGAGGAGCUCCACAUGUCUGGCUGCUCCUGGAGGAGUAUCUGCCGAGAGAUCAGACCCGUCCACGUCUGAUCACAGCUGCAGACGGUGCCGUUUCAGCGGCUCAUUGCUCGGUGUGUGAGAACAGGUGAUGUGUAGUGACGCUUACAUGCACUGAACACUACAGAUGCAGACAAACAUGCCUGAUGGGAAUCACUUGAUUUCAGACACGACCUGAGUUUCUCUGCAGGUUGAUUCUUCAUGUGAUGUUUAAUGUUGGUGUUGUACACUGUAGAUCACCUGUUUAACUGUGUUUAUGUUCAGGUAACUUAAUUAAAGGAGUUUAUUCUA